AUGGAACUAAGGUUAUGUCAACAAACAAGAAACAGAGAGACGCAUUAUUCAAGAUCACAUGCAGUUUCAGAACUCCCAAAAUCGGAAGUUGAUAUAUAUGAGCCUCUCCAUCGUUAUCCUCAAAGUCUCAAUCAGAGGUUUGAAAACGACGUGGACACACGUCAGAUACAUCAUUCCUACAAAUCUGAUGACUCUCACCCUUUUUUCUUACUCCUCUUGUCGUAA